AUGCCUCCUCAGUGUCAAGUGAAUCACAAUGACAAGGCCAACUACACUGCACCCUGCAAUACUGUACCCUGCAUCACUGCACAACUUUACCCUGCACCACUGUACCCUGCACCACUGUACCCUACACCACUGUACCCUGCACCACUGUACCCUGCAUCACUGUACCCUGCACCACUGUACUCUGCACCACUGUACCCUGCACCACUGUACUCUGCACCACUGUACCCUGCACCACUGUACCCUGCACCACUGUACCCUGCACCACUGUACCCUGCACCACUGUACCCUGCACCACUGUACCCUGCACCACUGUACCCUGCACCACUGUACCCUGCACCACUGUACCCUGCACCACUGUACCCUGCACCACUGUACCCUGCACCAUGUACCCUGCAUCACUGUACCCGGCCGGCACCACUGUACUCUGCACCACUGUACUCUGCACCACUGUACUCUGCACCACUGUACCCUGCACCACUGUACCCUGCACCACUGUACCCUGCACCACUGUACCCUGCACCACUGUACCCUGCACCACUGUACCCUGCACCACUGUACCCUGCACCACUGUACUCUGCACCACUGUACCCUGCACCACUGUACCCUGCACCACUGUACUCUGCACCACUGUACCCUGCACCACUGUACCCUGCAUCACUGUACUCUGCAUCACUGUACCCUGUACCACUCUACCCUGCACCACUGUACCCUGCACCACUGUACCCUGCACCACUGUACCCUGCACACUGCACCACUGUACCCUUCACCACUGCACCACUGUACCCUGCACCACUGUACCCUGCACCACUGCACAUUGCAGGCCCGGAGCCAGCUCCCGAGGGGUGGUACGGCCCCGGGUCGGCUGAAGGGCCGAUCAUUUUCGCGUGCCCAACUAUUUCAGUGCCAUCGGAGGAUGAAUCUCUAGCUCAGUACUGA